UUUGGCAAUAAUGAGACCCAAAUUAUAUUCAAAUUUAACCAAAAAUGAUUGUACAAAGUUCAAAGUGUCCCAACCAGUAUAUCCACAUCGAUGCGUCAAGAAUGACAAAAUGACAAAUAUGGCGUUAAAUAAUGACAUUUUUAAUGAUAUUAACCUAUAUAUUACAACCGAAAAAUUUUAUGCUGAGCCUCGUGGUGGCACAGGCCUUUUAGUUAUCGAUCGUGUUACGGAGGAAAUUACUUCAGAACAAAAUACCGGCCAGGUUCCCGAAGCGUGUAGUAGACGCUCAAUAUGUGGAAUAAUAGGUUCAAUACGCUUAAUAUCUGGAUGUUAUUUAAUAGUAGCUACACAUCGGAUACCAGUUGGAACAAUCGCUGGUCAUACAAUAUGGAAAUUAGCGGGUGCAGAUUUAUUGCCAUAUGUAAAAGCAACCAUACAUUUAACCGAUGAGCAAAUUUCCGAUAAUGAAGAGUACCUGAAGAUGUUGCAUUUAAUGUUAAAUACACCUAAUUUAUACUUUUCGUAUAGCUAUGAUUUAACUCAUACUUUACAACGAUUACAUAACACAUCACCAGAAUUUAUGCAGCUGUCAAUUAUUGAACGUGCGGAUCGACGAUUUAUAUGGAAUGGAGAAUUAUUAAGUUGUUUUAAAAAACAAAAUUUACAUCGUUAUUGCUUACCAUUAUUACAUGGAUUUAUUUCAAUUAAUACCUGUUCUAUAAAUGGACAAUGUUUUAAUUUUACAAUUGUUUCACGACGAUCCGUGUAUCGUGCUGGUACCCGAUUUUUUAGACGUGGUGUUAAUGAACAUGGACAAGUGGCAAAUUUCGUUGAAACUGAGCAAAUAGUGGAAUAUGAAGGAGAUCGUGCUAGUUUUGUACAAACUAGAGGAUCAAUUCCAUUGUUUUGGGAACAAUAUCCAGAUAUACGUUAUAAACCACCUCCAACAUUAUCACCACUAGAAAAUCACAUACUAGCUUGUUCCAAACAUUUUGAAGAUCAAGUACUAAAUUAUGGACGUCAAGUUUGUGUAAAUCUAAUUGAUCAUCAUGGUUCGGAGCAAGUUUUAGAAACAGCUUUUCGUAAUACAUUGGCACAAAUAAAUAAUCCCAAUGUAAGAUAUGAAGCAUUUGAUUUUCAUGCCGAAUGUCGAAAAAUGAGAUGGGAUCGUCUUAGUGUCUUAUUGUUACGUUUAGCACAUGAACAAGAUGAAUUUUCAUGGUUCUUAUUAACCCGUGAUGGUACAUUAGCAAGCAUACAAGAUGGUGUAUUUCGUACAAAUUGUAUGGAUUGUUUAGAUCGUACUAAUGUCGUUCAAUCAAUGCUUGCUAAACGUAAUUUAAAUGGUGUUUUAUUAAAAUUAUGUAUAUUAAAAAAUGGUCAAACAAUUGAUGAUCAUCCCGGAUUUGAAAUGUUGUUCAAAGCUGUGUGGUCUGACAAUGCUGACAUAGUUAGUAUACAAUAUUCUGGUACCGGUGCUUUAAAAACUGAUUUUACUCGAACGGGUAAACGUACACGAAUGGGGCUGGUUAAAGAUGGCGUGAAUUCGUUAACACGAUACUAUAAAAAUAAUUUUAGAGAUGGUUUCCGCCAAGAUUCAAUUGAUUUAUUUUUAGGCAACUAUUUUGUUCAAGAAGGUGAAGGUUCUUCACGACCAUGUCCCUUACGCGUGGAUCGAGGUUGGAAAUAUGUUACAUUCCCUUCAGUUCUACUGAUAGCUGUGGCAAUGUUUGUUGCAUGUGGUAUUCUUCCAUCUGAGUAUUCAACAGAAACAUUAAUAUACAUGCUAUUUUGGGGAUCUAUGGUAAUGUCAACUGGUAUAUUAAUAUUACGACAUGGAAAAGAAUUUGUUGAUAAACCAAAAUUGACUUAAUAAUUAUUUAUAAUAGAUUAGCAUUUAUUACGCAAAUAUUCCGACCGGUUCUUUAAAUUAUUUAGGAAUAUUUUUCUAUACUAAAAUAAUUUCACACAUAACUCUUAGAGAUGAUAAACGACACACAACUGCUCUCAGAUUAUUUCAACAAAUAAGAAAUAGAAAACUGCCACGAUGAUUUUAGUUAAAAAUGUUAUGGGAAUUUUUUAUUUAUUAGGGUCUUAUAUUCCUUGUUUCAUAUUGUAUUCAAACUAUCCCUUUGAUGUUAGGGACAAAACUGGUGAUUAGUAAUUUUUAUUAACUUAUUAGAAUUUAAAGUUAAAAUCAGGAAAGCUCGUUUUAUCAUACGUUGAAUAUUAUAUAUGAUUAAAAAUACGCUUGAAAAUGUAAAUACGAAAGCAGGAACGUGACCAUAUACCAAACAGGAGUGCCCCUCCAAAGCAAUUGGAAAAAUUUAUUUUCACUUCCUUGUCGAUUUUAAUAUAGUGAAAUAUUAAUUUUCUUCAUACAGAAAAUACACAAAAGAAUUUCAAAUUAUUAUUAAUAAAAAACACGAUUUUAAAUAAUUUUUAACGGAUAUUUUCCUGGGAGAAGUACGGCCAACCAAUAACUAGAUGGCAGUGCAGUAUCUUCGAAGAGUAUAACACGAAUUUAUAAAUAUUUCACUAAUCAAUUUCAAGUGAUUAUUUACUGUGUCUCGAUUAGAUGUUACUGCUUUAUAUAAAAUCUACCUAUUAAGUAUAAAUUCCGGGGUAAAUAUUUUGGUGUUAUGGACUUUCAAAGCUGUUUGUACCUACCUGUACGACUAGCGCUUACCUAUUUUUGUGAAUUUCAGGAGAAUAGUUCAUUAAUUUAAUGACAAUCGAUUAUCGUAAUUUAUGAAUAGAUUCUUUUGUAAUAUAUAAAUUGUACUUAAAUCGAUUUAUUCCUGCAUUAAAAAAUGGUGGCGGGUAAUAUAAGAACUAUGUUAAAUAAAUUUUCGGCCUCUGCCUGAAAGGUUAAAUGCGUUAUAAAUUUGAUCUAGUUUUCAUGUCUUGAAAUAUGAAACUGAAUCGUUUUUCAUUUAAUACAACGUAUGCGGUCGAUUGCAACGUGUGAUGUUGUAGAAGGGGCUAACGAGGAUUGUCCAGAAAUAAUAUUCAGGUCAAAUUAACCUUGAAAUUCUUUUAUAUUUGAUAAUGUUAUUGAAGUCAAAUUAUAACUAAUAGUAGAAAAUUCAAUUAGUAAUGAUUUUAAAAUAGACAUUUAUUGUUUUACUCUUUGUUUUUAAUAUGUAUCGUUUUAUUACGUAAUAGGAAAAUUUCUAAGAAAAAACUUAAAUCGCUAAUAUU